GGGAAAGGGUGUGGGAGACGUACUGUGGAGGACAAACACCCUGAAAGAUUUUGUAGGGGAGGAAAGACAGAGAGGGAGAGAGCAGGUCUUCCUCCACUACAGAGAAGAAGCAGUGUAUCACGGCUGGUCUCACAUGCCGGAGGAGGAGGAUGGGAGAGGUGGAGAAAGAAGACGAGGAAAGAGCCGGCGAAAAGCCUGCACAUGUUUAUGCGCUCCAUUAGAUGAACAAUGUGCAAGUUCCCCCUGCUCAUCUCCCUGCUCCCCCCCAGUCGAGAAAGAAAAGAACCGGAGAUGGGAGAGGGAGAAGAAGACGACGAAGAAGAAGAAGAAGAAAAGAGGUGAUCUUGUAGACGGCGAAAAUGGCAAGGAGCUCCAGCGCAGGUCGGAAGGUGAUGCCUUAUGGCGAUCGUCUUCGUCUGCUGGUGGAAGACGAGGAGGUGAUAAAGUGGAAGAGGGACAAGCGGUCCAAAAGGAGGUGGAAAGGAACGAUCACAUCUCUCAACCUCCUCCUCCUCCUCCUCCUCCUCCUCCUCCUGUCUGUGCGCAGUGGCGGCAACAACAGAUUUUGACAGACGAAAACAAGAAUUAUGACAGAGGAGAGGCUCAUGGCGACAUAGGCAGAUAUGGCUCAUCCCCCGCAGCAGAAAGGAUUGAGUUGAGGAAAUUGAGCAGACAAAAGGGCAUGAGGUUCAGUCCAGAAGUCUUAGCUUUAUGUGGAGGAAGGCAGAGAAAGGGAGACGUCAACAGAGACUGUACUAGGAGGAGUAAACGUGGAACUAGUACCCGACGACACCACCGUCAUCAUGACGAGUGCUUGCCAUUCAGUGAUAUAUCGUCCGUAGCUCCCGACAAUGAAGACGAGGAGGUGAUGAGCAGCACGUCUGGGGAGGAUUACGGUUGUUGGAAGAUACCUGCUUCUCCUCUCCCUGUCGCCCUUCCUCCUCCUUUUCCUCCUUCUCCUCCUCCUCCUACUCCCCCCCCCCUUCGUCCUCCUCCAUGUGCUCCUUCUCCUCCUCCCCCUCCUGCUGCUGCUCCUCCUCCUCCUCCUCCUCCUCCAUUGCCACUACGCAGAGUGCCUGUGACCACUGCUCCUGCUGCUGCUGCUGGAGGUGAACAUGGAUGUGAACCUCAAUCUGGAAGAGCUUCAGUGAGCGUUAAGAAGCCAACAAAGCGCUGGAACCAAUCCCCGGACAGGAGGUCAGUGGUAGGGGGAGUUAGUGAAGGUGUCUCUUCAUUGUCCAGAAGUGGCAGCCAGUGGUCUUUGCCUGACGAAGGAGCCAUCUUUGUUGAUGACAAUGAUUGGGAGGAAGGACAAAAUUUGCACGACAGUGAUCGGGAGGACGAACAAAAUUCGCACAUCGUUUCACAGAAAGGACAAAAUGCAUGGGAAAAGGUCUCAGCUUGGAUGGAUAGGGAGAAGAAGGAUGGGAGUAAGGGAGAAGACACUGGGCAGGAGUUUGAAUCGCUGCCACCCCAAACUCAGUGUGCCAAAUCAAGCCUUGGUAAUAAGAUGGGAACGAACUCCAGAGACGAUGAGCAGGGCAGCAGUGACAGUUGUAGUGGCUGGGAAGAAACAAUAAAUCACCCCCCUUUGAGUGGAGGGGGAUUGUCAAAGGCAGGAUUUGACGCUUGGGAGAAGGUGUCGAUUUGGAUAUCGAGGGACAAAGGAGAUGGAGGAGAUGGAGGAGAUGGAGGAGGGGAGAGGAAGGAGGAGGGAGAGGAGGAUGACAAGCGGCGUGAAAGUAAGCUGUCUGCAGUUCGGGAUCGUGAUCAAGAAGCCAGUAGGUUGGAACACUACUCCGGUAACCGGGACAAGGGACCGGUUGGAAGCGGCGUUGAGGCAUCCAAAACGUCUUCUGACUGGACGUCUGACUCUUCUCAUGAGGUUCAACAGAUGCUACACAACGAAAAGGAGGGGAACGUUUCGAGGCGGAGUACACCCAAGUCGAGAAACGGUAGUUUCUUCAGGAAUGGUAGUACGGGGGUGGUCGCGGAAAGCACAGGCUGGCUUGAGGGUGCCCUCCGCGAAAGUAAGAGUCGGAAGCUGGAGAAAGAGGGUCUGAGAGCACCUUGCCCCCACUGUGCACCUCCAGAGAGGGAAAAGAUAGCUGGCAGUGGACUCAGUAAACAACAGGAUGUUGCUGGUGAGGAGGAGUGGGAGGCGUGGCAACUGGGUCCAAUAUCGGCUUGGGCCCGCCCAGGCUUUUCCUCCUCGCCAUCGCUGUCCCUUUCUGCGUCUGCUUCUUUUUCUUCUUCUCCCACCUCUUCGAUGGUCUCCUCAUCAGCAGUUCAGUCAAGGUGUGCCGCAAGCGCUGCUCAAUCACCUUGUUCAUCAGUGCGCAAGAAUGACAAGAGUCCAAGACAUAUGCGUAUUCCCUCCAAGGAUCAAAGUCGAAGCUCCUCGUUGUGGUCUCCCUACCGGGCUACUGCUCCACAGAGGGAUACCACUUAUGAUGUAAUGACCAAUGCUCUGUCACACGCUGGUACUGAUGGCUUGGCUGGUCCUAGGGAAGAGAGAUUGCGGCUUGCCAUUCCUGUUCCUGCUGGUGGAAACGCUUUGAGUCGAGAUCUUAGUAGUUUGACGAAAGAGGAUGUACUUCUUGCUCCACCUACCCUAGGGGAGAAACCUAAUGCCAGGGACAUGGACGAUAGGUCCUGUGAUCGUAGCACUCCUUUCCCAAGGGAGGAGGCAAGUUCAACUUAUGACAAUGAUUGUUGUACCAAUAACACACACAAGAUGUUGAAAGGCUUAGAGGAGAAGAAAGAAGAAGAGGAGGAGGAGGAGCGAAGGAGGAAAUGGGGAAGAGAAAGGAUCACUCGAUGGACCCUUAGAGCCGAAAUGCUUCAAUCUGCCCUAAAAGCCGAGAAGGUUCAGUCUGCCAAGUUCUCUCCUGAGCCUAGGGGUAAGGUUGUCCCAUCAUUCAAAGAUGCCCAUAGUGCCUAUGGCGGAAGUGAAAGCUUGACUGGUCGGUUUUGGGACGACCGUGUUCAGACGACAUGCAAUUCUUCAAUGGAUGAGAGUGAAGUCCGGGUUUACCAGAAGGAUCACAAUCGUCUUGAAAUGCGAUUCCAGGCUUGGAAAGAACAAAGGGAGAAGGCAUUAUUAGUUCAGGAUUCUAAGUUGGGACCCCCUCCACCUACUUCAAGCCUAGAGUUAGUGGGAGAAGAUCUGGCAGCACAGGGCAGGGGCGAUACGGGAGGGUACGUGAUUAGCCAUCAUCACUCUGUUUCAAGUCGGAAGAACAACGAUCCUGGCGAGGAAUCAUGUGAAGAUUCAUCUGUCACAAAUUGUGUGGGGGCCCUGCACACAGGAAGCCACCUGAGGGACCAGCUGGAGGCUAGUCGCACACAAACACUCUCUGAGGGCAAUCAUCAAUGCUCACAGCUGCAGAAGCCUUCUGUCUGGCAGCAGCCUAUCUCCCAGGAGACUAUCACCAAGCAAAUCGAUGGAGGCGCAUCUCGCAAACCGUCAAAGGACGCUGUGAGUUGUAAAAAAAGCAGUAGUGGUACCUCUUGUUUUAGGGGCAGUAGUUCUAGCACUGGUGAUGACAUCAACAGUAGUACUAAUAACAGUGAAUCUGAGUCUGGGGUAAUCAGCUGGAAGGCUGAUUCAGCAAAUUUAUAUGCUGGUUCAAGUUUAGGCAGGUGGAGAGAGGAGGUAGGAGGAGAGGAAAGAACAACGACGAUUCCAUUCUCUCCAUUAUUUGCAGCAGCAGCGGAGGAGGAGGAGGACGGCGAAGAAGAGACGGUGGAUGCGGAGGAGGAAAAAGAGUUGAAGGAGGAGGAGGAAGAAAAGGAGGAGGAAGAGGAGGAAGGAGAGGACCUAGAAGAGGAGAGUAAGGUAAAGGAGGCAGCUACCUGUUGUGUGUUCCCUCCUCUAUCGGAAAUGGAGGAAGGAGGCACCAGAUACAGUAAACAAGUUCAACUGCAGAUUGCCAAACAGCCAGACUGUGACAGCACGGGAAGUCUGAUAUAUCAGUCCCAGUUGACCGAGGAUGAUGAUGACGGUAAUCAUGGUGGUGUUGACGAGGGUGGCUAUGGUGAUCAUGAUGGUGAUCAUGAUAUCAAUGAUGAUGGAGAUGAUGAUGCUGAUGAUGCUGAUGCUGAUGAUGACGGUGGCUCAGUGAUACUGAAUAUAGAGUCCCAUUUUCCACCAUGUGUUGUUUACGGGUCAACCAGUGAAACAACCACAAGACAGAGUAUUGAGAGGAUGAAUGACUGGGGGAUAGAGAAGCCUGCUCCUGGAGUUUUAAACAGUUCGGAAUCAAUGAGAGUAGUUAUCAAUAGAUGUCAGGAGGACUGGAAGUCUAUCAACGGGAAUGAGGUCGUAGAGGACUACUCACUGUUGAAGGGGUACGUUGAGCUUCAAGCUCGGGAUGCAGGAGACACAUACUCAGAAUGUUGUUACUCAGCUGCGGAGGAGGUUAAGGAGUGCUUACCCUUGUCACUGAGGGAGGAGCUGGAAAUGAAUGCCUCAGACUCUCAGGAUUCUUCUGCGACAGUGGAGAGGUGGAGGCGUGAUGCCACUGCACGCCCUGCUGUUACGGCUUUGGAGAAGAAAUGUGCUGCUGUCGCCGAGGUAAAGCUUCCCGAAAUGUGCGUAAGUCACAAGAGAAGAAUAGAGGACGACUGUCGAAGUAAUGUGCCAGAGGAGGAGUACAAUCCUGACCAGCCAUGGCAGUUACCGUUCAUUGUCCACUUAACCUCUGAUACGCAGAGAGCUGAGAAGGGCGACGUUCGCUACUCUGGAAAGGAAGCCGCACUCAGUGUUGGUGAUGGGCAUCAUGUCGUGGACGAGGGAGAAGCCUUGAAAGAGAGGGUUGCCACUGCGGAGGGUUCUUUGAGGAAAACCAUGGUGGAAGAGAGGAGGAAGAAGUCCUCUCCAAGAGAAACGAUAGGAAAACUCGAUCCCGCUGCACAAGCUCUGAACGGUACAGUUUGUGUGGCGUCAUCAUCGCAGAGAAAUGCUCUGCCCAAGGAUGUGCAGAAAGCUGGUCAUCUAAGCACAGAUUCGAACCUAACGAUUCAUCCAUGGAGAGAGGUUCACUAUGAUAUUGUACUGCCUCUGUCAGCAAUGCAGGGACCACCAGCAAUGCGGGGACCACCUCCACCUCCUCGCCGUCAGGAGGAAGAGUGCAUCAUUGCAACAGCCCCUCCGCUGAGAACAGCUGCUCUGGACAGGCACUCACCGGUUAUCAUGAACACAUCAUCCGCAGUGGCUUUGCUUCAGAAUCUGACGGACGAAGAUAUCUGUGACAUCCCAACAGGAGAGUCGAGAGAGGGAAAGGGUAGUCAUUCACGCUGUUUGGGACGGGAAAAAGAUGCUCGAAGAGGGCUCAUGUCUAUUUCCCUACCCAGCUCCUCUUCCACCUUCACCUGCACGUCCAUCUCUGUCUCGACUUCCAUAUCCAGCUCCACAUGCAGCUCCACUUCAAGCGCGUUUCAGGUGGUGACGAUCGAUGCAGAUAAGCGAGCGACAAAGAAGAAGAAGAUCGGUGCAGAUGAGUUUCAGGUGAAAGCCAUGGAUGCAGAGAAGCGGGUGACGACGAAGAAGAAGAAGAAGAUCAGUGCAGCUAGUUUGAGUGAUUAUCUUUUUGAAGAUGUUAACCUUAAUUUGCAGCAAUGUCCUUCACUGCAUGCAGAGUCUAUUGCUGCUGCCGUUUCAGAAGUCAAUAGCAGCAUACUCUUAGAGAAUGAGUGUAUCAGAGGUUAUAAUGAUAGGCUUUUGGCUGGGACAAAAUUGGGAAUAGAGACUGCUAUUCCUCCGGCAGUUGUGGGCCCUUGGGCAGAAGAGGCAGAUGUCAGGCUCCACAGCUGUCAGAUGGGAGACUUAGGAUGCAGUGGUCACUUCUGCCAAGAUAGGGACAACCAUGAAAUCUCGAGCGAGCAAUCAGUAAACCAGACGUCAGAAAAAGAUACAAGGCAGGAGAAGUCCGACGAAGACAGAACAAUGGUUCCAGUCGUCUUAGAGGCAACGCGCCGCUUAUCACCUCAGACCUUAACUGACGAUAGUCAUGUCCUAUGUCAAUCCGCAGUGGACUGUCGAGAGACAUCUACGUCGGAUACGGAGCAGAAGUAUCUCGGCCGCCAUUCACAUUUGCAUGUGGAAUCUAUGGAUGAUAAUGAGACAGCUUUACACAUCCCGACGGAGGCACCUGCAAUCAUCAGCAAAGUUUGUGCCAAUGCUGCAGAUGUUCGAGCUGGAAAUGAUACGCCUUUGCAGUCACUGUCUGUACUGUAUGAACUGGUUGAUAUGUCAGCCAGAGAGAACUCGAUCAAGAGACUAUGUUUGUUAGAAGAAAAGAAUGAUGUAGGAACGGCAUGGGAAAGGGUCCAGAUCCCUCUGGUCAAUCACAACGGUGACGUUCUGGAGCUAUCCUUGGGUGGGGAGAGAGAGGAGGUUUCUGAGUCCUGGCAUGAUGGGCAAGAAGGUCCCUCCAUGUUUCCAGAUUCAGAAGAAUGCGACAUGGUCAUCAAUGAGGACAGUGAGAAGGAGAAAGAGUCUAUGCAUGGCCAGGGUACGAUCCCAUGUUCCCUGGCCAUGGCAGAUGCUCAAGAAGAGCAGGAGCUAUCUGAUCGAAAAGAUGAGUACAACAUGCUGGAUAUUUCAGAGGAAAAACAGGACAAGUUGCAGCAGCAGCAGCAACAGACGGAGGAGGAGAAGGAACAGCAAGAUGGGAAGGAGGAGGCGGACAAGAACAACGAGGUGGAGGAUCAGUGCGUUUCAAUGAAGGAGAAGUUUGCAGGGCCAUCAGGAACCAGUCUAUGGCUUUCCUUGGACACUCGUGCUUCAGAGACCUUUACAGCAAUUCCACGGAAGAGUGACAGUGUGGUUCUCUCUUCAGAGAAUGAUGAUUUUGUGUGUCCAGAGCCAGUUUUUUCUGAGGGAAGGCAAGAGAGUCAGUGGGGGGAACUAAGCUGCCUCUCCAUUCCACUUGUACAUGACAACUACAUGGAGACCUGGACAAUUCUCCUAGAUGGGCAACAUGCAGGGGUUGAUGCCAGAAGCGCAAGCCUGAUGCCAGAACACAGUGUGCUUCCUCUGGAAUUGGGCGAAAGCAGAGCAGUGCAACUGGAGGCGGAGGGGGAGGUGGUGGAGAGAGUGAUCGUCUCAUCUGAACAGGGAGCUCCUUCCAUGACAGGGACUCAACUGGUGCGGGAGAAUGCUCCCGCGGUUUUAGUGGAUUACGAUGGCCUGCUACGUUCAAAUUGCUCAGGUCGUCCUUUUGCCGAUGCAGUGGGAACGUUCUCACCGCUAUUAUUUCCAAGUUCAGAAAGGAGAAUGAACUUUGAGGAGAAUGGUACUCCUCCAAUUGACCAUGCCAACACCACUCCCUUUAUUAUGGGCUUAAGCGACUCUUAUGAAUCUUGGAGGGAGCCGUCUCCUGAACCUGCCAAGCCGUUAUCUCGACAGAGUCUCGCAAGCGAAGGGCAACAGAAGAAGGGUUCCGAUACGCUAGAGGAGAACAAGGCUGAGGUUGAUCUGUGGGACGAAGCGGAUGGACAUGUGGUAUCUCAGCUGGCUCUUGUCGAGAGCGGGGAACAGUUGGUUGAUCUGAGAGGCCAGUUUGCCAGGGAUAGUGGGGAGAGGACGGAAACGUCAGGUCUGAUCAUGACCUUGGCUGCUCCAUUGCAUGUCCCGGAUUCUGAACGUGAUGGUAUGAACUCAGAGACUCCUGAUGACAGAGCGUGUGUGGCCAGGGUGGAAGAGGAUGAUGAUGAUAAAGGCUAUGAUGGGCCACUACUUUCAGGAGGGAAGGGAGGGAAGGGGAGCAUCCGGUCUGUGCCAACGGCUACCAAGAAAGAGGACCGUGGCACUGUCCAUGCGGAGCAUGAACAGAAGUGCUUAGUGCCUGGACCAGAACCACCACGUUGCGAGGAAUCAAUGGAAAUAGAGAGAUGGAACGUUCCCGCUAACGAGGAUGGCACCAUGACGGAGGAGAUGGUCCAAGAGUUUGCCUGUCUCAGGGGUGGAGGUGAGACAGAUGUGUACAUUCCAGUUGCUUGUGUUGAUGCAACAGCCUUGUUAGGAGAUGAUAAGGGACCUGGGUUUAGCGGUGGCGAAGAGGAUGCUCGGUCUCAUGUGUUACCUGCAGAGGAUGAGAGUUGUGUGACCACUGGUGCCCCUCCAAACUGUGAUGAUGGUUCUAACUUCAGCUUGCUACAGGUCACAGCGACUACGAGGAGUGAUGCACAUGUUCCGACUAUAUCUGGGGAGGUGCAAGGUGACGCUACCGGUGCCCCUGAUGUUCAGGUUCAGGUUCAUGUUCACAGUCAUGAAUCAGUUGGUGCCGUUGACAAGGCCUCUAAGGCCAUGACAAGCUCGUGCGAUUCCAUUAGGCUUAUGGCGAUGAAUAGCGGUUUCGUGGUUCAUGAGGACAUCUCAGUGCUGCCAAAAUCAGCUGUAGUCGAUCCCCAGAAGGGGACCAUGGAGCUAGUGCCUAUGGAGACUGGAGAGAACAGAAGCUCCUUUGAAGGAGAGGAGCAACACCUAUCGAGUGUGCUACUACAAAAGAGAAAAGCUGCAACGGAGGUGGACCUGCAGCCUGUUUUUGAAGAGAAUGUAGUGCUACGCUCAGUGGGCGAAGGUAGUAUGCAAACUUCAUUUUUCACUUCCUCUGUGACAGAUCAAGGCAGGCGCACUCUCAUAGCAGAUUGUGUAAGCGGGGACAACGGGCCCUCUGGUGACCAGGCAAUGCACAGGGGCAUUGGCAGCAGGGAGAGGGCGACGGUGUGGGAGACAUCAGUUCUUAUGCCUGAAGGAAAGGUGGAAAAGGAUGUUGUAGAUGUGAUGGUGACUCAAGCAAGCUCGUUCGGAGACAACGCUGCAGUUUCAAGUGAGAAAGGUAACCUCUUACUAGGAGGAGAGAGGAGUGUGGCAACCCAGAGUCUUAUACUUAGGAGGCAGGAGGAUACCAUAUCCGAGACAGGCGUUCGUUCACUCCCAGUAGAGAGUAGUUUAUCAGUCCCUCGCAUGCAGAAGGCGGGAGACGUUGGUGGACAAUCCUUACCAAAUGGUGGUGGACAGUCCUUGUCAAAUGGGGAACCUCAAGGGGUGUCAAUGAAACACUGUGAAGAAGGGCUUUCUCCAGCGGAUGACAAAGAGGUAUCGGUUGUUUCGUUGCGAAGUCGCAUGGUCGAGCUAAAGGCCAGCUUCUCGGAUCGGAUGGAGGACUCGGUUCUUCUGCCAGAUGGAAGGCAGGGUUCCCUCGCUGACACCGGAGGCCCAACUCCUUCGCCGCGUUUUGCUGAUGCUGUCGACUGCAUAAGCAGUCGAGAGGAGGGCUCUAACGUGUCUGCUUCAAUGCAUGUUACUGCAAGUCCUUUGCCUUACAAGCAUGGCAAUCUGGAAAGGCGAAGAGAGGCCGGCAAGGACCGUUCGGUCCGAGGAGAGAUCUCGGGACAAUCACAUCCCAUUUCAAAAGAAGAUCUGAAUGGCUAUAGUGUUAUGUUGUUGGGCACCGAUGCGAUGGAUGUACCAGAUGAUCGACGUCUUCCUCCAGAAGAGGAGAAGCCUGCAUCAAAUGUUAUGGAGGUGGUGGAGAAGGAACAGACUAGUACUCCGGUGAAGACCCCAGUUCUUCCCUCUGAGCACACUACUUCUUUGGAAGUCGGUGCCAUUCUUUUGUCUGCAGAUCAGUCGGCGGCGACCGCACAUGCUAAUGCAUCUGGCUCUCAUAACGAUGAAGAAGAUACUGCCCAUUUCAAAUCCAGUCUACUGCAGCCUAGUUAUAGCAGCCUUGAGCAUUUUGUGCUUUCGGCGGCUGACAUUUUGAAGGGCAGCGGACUUACAAGUGAUCAGACAAAACUUACAAAAGCCUCGCCUCAUGUUACUGCGUUCGAGAUGGAUGAUGGGACAAAUGCUGGUGCUGCGCAGUCCAAAUGCUUUGUUGUGCUCUCCUCAUCGACAAUUUCAAGCGCCAAAGGCUGUGGGAUCGGCAGCGACGCGAAGGACGUUCUCAAUCCUGUUUCCUGCUCACCGAACUCCAAAAAUACGUCAUCGAAUUUGGAGAACUCGGACGAUACUCCAUUGCCUUCAGCAAAAAAUGUCAAACUUGCUGCAUUAAAAAACGUGGAAGAUGGUGCAUGGGAUUCAGUGGAUGCAGAAAAUGACGUAUCGGAUGCUCUGUAUUCCAUCAUCCAACGCUCGCAGCGUUUGAACGACGAGUGCAAUGUUGAGCGGUUUCUGCUGUCAGCGGUCCAUGUGUCAGAGGGAGGAAAUCAGGCUGCAAGGGAUCAAGGUUCAGACGGCCAGAAUCAUGACAGUAAUGUGGUUUCUGUCUUCACUGCCAACGUGGAGGGCAGCUCUAGCAGCCUAGUCGCUUCAGGACAUAAGGGGAAAGAGGAUGCAGGAUCAUCGUCGAUGUCACUGAACAAAGUGAUGUUCGCAAGGCCUGCAGGGGAAAGUGAGGCCAGAGGAGGAGGUCGACGUUGGACGAUGGAAUGGGGAACAAAGGGUGCUCUGGCUUCUCGUGGGGGGAUUUCACUGCCAGAGGACUGGGAAUUCACUGAAGAAUCUAUUUUGCGGGCCCUUGAGAUGGGACAGCAGCUAGUGCAGUCGUUGCAAAAGGCACUGGAUGAGGAGCGGAAUCUAGUCAAGUCGCUGCAGAAGUCACUUUCCGAAGAGCAAAUGCUUGUGGAGCAAUUAAGGGCAAUGCUCGGGCGGGAUUACAACGACCCCAAUGCACAGCAGGACUUGGCUGGUUCUAUGCGCACCAUAUCGGCAGCACCAGCAGAACCCAGUGAUGAUCAACCUUCUGAGAUGACAUCAGGGCCCGGCCACGACCUCUAUGGCGGUCAAGAGGACAUGGUCGAGCUUGCGGAGAAUGUAAAAGAAAGUGUUCCCGAGAACCUUGAAAUCGACCUCCACGAUCAAGCGCUUGGUCCGGUAGAGGAAGCUGAAGCUGAGAACGAAGCAGCAGCAAAAAAACAAGUGUCAAAAUUUCCACCUGAGAAUGAGGAUGGGGAUGAACAGCUGCCAAGGAGUACGCUGAAGCAUGCAUUAGAAAACAAGUACGAGACUUGGGAGACUUCUUCUUGUGGUCCCAGUGUUCCACCAAAGGGUCAUCCGGAAACAGCGAACUCAUCACAGAAUGUGGACUUGGCAGAGACGGCAGAUGGAGAAGUAGUUACCGGGGUUCAUUCUGUGGAGCCAGGUCCCGAAACCAGCUCUCCGAAGGUCCAGGAAGAAAAAGAGCGCUGCGUAACCAAAGAACCUGAGCUAAGCGUUCAAGAUGAUCUCCUGAAGUGCGAAGCGUUUGCAGUAAAGGUGGCGGAGGAUGACGAGCCGGAGCCAUCAGAUGGGACGGAGAUAGAUCCCCAAGCUGAUACCUCGGUAGACAUAAGUGCAGGUGACCCGAUAGAGAGGGAUCAUGCAGCCUUGAUUUCGUUGGGAAGAUCUGGGCCGAUACUUGACCCGAUCGAGCCAGAAACAAACAAGUUGAUGAUGACUGCGCCAACCAAGGUACGAGGGCUUGCAGAGCACUGCCACUCCGAACAGGCACUCCCUGGAGAGGAAGAAGAUACCAUAUCUGUGCCAUCUGGUAAACGAGGAGAUACUCUGGAAGGUGCCAUGGACGAGGAGGAGGAUCAGCUGGAGCCUUGGCAAGGCAGAGAACCGUCCGAGGGAGAGAGUUUUGAAGAGUUACCUUUGAGAAAGGAAGAGGGUGAAGCCCUAGAAGUCGGCAAAGAAGGAAAUGAUCUGGAAUUGUCACAGGCUGGGGGUGCAAGCGAAGAGUCAAGGGAGCUCUUGCGUGCAGAAAAAGAGCAAUGGUCGCAUCUACAGACCCCGGACCUCGUCGGAAAGGAUGCGAUGGACUCUCUGUCUUUGAAGGAGGUGACCCUGAGCGUUGAGUGGCCAUCGAUGGAGGAGGUCGAGGAGGUCGAUCAGUUUGUUUUGCAAGACGACGAGGAUCAGCGGUUGCCUACGGAGACAUGUGACACUGUUGGGAACAACAUGACUGACUCCCCAUCAUUGCAGGACUUGGAGGAGGCAAUAAUCUUGGAAUUCCUGGACUGGCAGGAGGAAGACACUCAACGUCCUUCUCAACUCCUGCCAGAAGCUGAUGAGGAUCUAUGCGUGAAUACAUGGCCAAAGCGCAUGAUUGAGGAAAAUGCGAUGGAAGCCCCACCUCUGCAGCAGGGCGCACUGUUCUCAGGGUUCUUGAAGCAGGAGGUGGACGAUGCUUCACAAGGGGGCAGGAACAGGGCGCACCGUUCUCAGGGUCAAAACCAUGAUGAGAGUGGGGCUUGGCUGACACAGAUACAGGAAACUAUUGGAAAGGAUGGGGAUCACCUUCUGACUCUGACGGAGUCAGAUGCAACGCUUAUGUGUGAACCUCCGGUGGCAGACCAGGCCCAGGACUCCUCACACCACCAGGACCCCGCACGGGUUCAGGAGAAAGACUGUGAUAACCUCACUCAGUUAUCAGCAGUCCUCGUGGAUCAACCGCCCUUCCUAUCAGCAGUCCUCGUGGAUCAGCCGCCCUUCCUAUCGGCAGUCCUCGUGGAUCAGCCGCCCUUCCUUACAAAGCAACAAGGGCUGGAUGUGUCUCCUUCAGGCGUGCAGGAUGUGGCAAACAUAUUGGGGCCUUUGAAGACGGAGAAGGUUGAUGGCUGUUUGCAGGCCAAGGAAAAGGAAAAGAGCGGAGAGCUGUUCAAGCUAGAGGAAUACGAGGAUGUCGCUGCCCAGGUAAGGGGACAAGAGUCCGUGCGAAAGGACGUUACAGCGCCGCCUCGAGUCUUGCAAGCAGCUGCAAGCAUUUUUCGUUCUCCGACGGUGGAGAUUGUUGACUCUUGCCAGGCCCUGCAGAAUGCUGAAAGGAAUGUGGCAGAUGUGCUUCCAGGCGAAGGCAGGCUGCCAGCAGAAGAGGAGGGGAUUAAAGAGUCCAUGCAAAAGGAGGAUGGUAAGGAGCGUCUCCCAGUUUUGCGAGCAGCGUCAAGUAUUGUUCAUUCUGUGAUGAUGGAGGUUGUUGACUUUGGCCAGGACCUGAAGAAGAAUCUUGGGAGGGACAUGGCAGAUGCUGCACUUCCAGGCGAAGGCAGGCAGCCAGCAGAAGAGGAGCAGACUGUGCAAAGCUCAGGACGGGAACACAAGACUUCACCAGGCCCGAAAGCAGAGCAUUCCUUUUCAGAUAGCGCUACUACUGCAAGGGUUUACCAAAACGAGCCCGAUUCCAGUAGUGUACUGAAAGGUGUCGGCAUGGAGAAGCCCGUACGAAGUCCGAUGGAAAGCGCAGCAGAGAUGAGAUUGGAGCACAAGGCCGUGGAGGACAGGACCUCGAUCAACGACAGAAACUCCACUGCUGAGCCUGCUGCUGAGGAUGGGCAGCCUAGUGGUGGAUCGCUUUAUGAGGAAAGCAGUGUGUGCCAGAACAGCGGUCACCCGAGGCAAGAUGACCAAUGCAUGCAAGGGUCACAGGACUUGCUGUCGUCCCAAAUGCCAUCCCCGAAAUCGGACUUAGAAGCCGCUCCGGUUCCAGAGGAGGAACUGGGCAUCGUGCAGUCGGUAUUAGAGAGUGGAUCACAGCAGCAAGUGAUGAUGGCCUUGGAAGAAGACAGCAACGUUGCGGACCCGACAUCCUUGCGAUUCCGAGAAAGCAGAUCACAAUCAGGGCGCAAUGUAUCAAACGAGGAGAACGACGAGUCUCAAGUGCGAUCUCAAGAAGAUGGAAAGUGUGCCGACAAAUCUCCCGAAAAAAGGCACACAGAAGCAGAAAGUCCAGCCCACUCUGCAGCCACAGGGAAAGGGAUGGAAGAAGGGUGUCUGAAAGGUGAUGGCUGCGAGGGUAUCCCGGAGUCCGUCGUCCUUGAGGGAUCUGUUACAGGGGUGCAUGAGGAGCAUAGCUCGUCUGAGAGUCGUCAGCUGGCUAUCGGAUCAGCACAAGUGGAGGCAAGGGACACAGUUGUGGCUGCUCCAGCAUCAAGCAUGAAGGCGAAGGUGACUGUGGACUUGGAUGGCGCCGACAACCGACUGCCAUGUGGGCAACUUCUGCACGAGGAGGAAACGGUCGCACUACCAUUAGUCCGUGUUGAAAAGGAGGGGAACACUGGCAAGGGCAUGAUAAUACAGGCAGAAGGAGAUGUUGAUCGCUUGGCUCGGGCAGAAGUGAUCGACUAUGUGAGAGGUCAAGAUUGGGUUGGACGUGGCGAAGGGAAAGAAGCGGGUGAUGUUCCAUCACUGCUAGAAUCCCUACUAGUCAAAGCGGUGAAGGCAUGGGAGAAGAGAAGGGUUGUUUCGAUUGAUGAAGAAAAUGCCCGUGCAAAGAAGGAAAGAGAGGGCAUUCACAGGAGGAGGAUAGAAAGAGAAAGAGACAGAAAAGAGAGAGAGGCAAAGGUGGAGAGCAAGCAAAAAGAGGCGAAGUGGACAUCCAUGACGCCUGUUGGGAGGGAGGAGGGAGGAGAGACUGUAACGGAUCUUCAGAUGCAUUUCAAGACAGAGGCCAAGGAUCCAGAUGCCGAGGCCAAGAGGGAUGCCAAGAGGGAUGCGGCAGAUCUUCCGAUGCAUUUCAAGACAGAGGACGACGAUUCAAAUGCAGAGAAGACUGAGAAGGAGUCAAAUACUAAGAGGGAUGUGUCUGACGACGGUACUGGGCUACACAAUGCAAUGGACACGCAUGCGAAUUUGCCGACGGAGGCAAAGACAGGACAGCUUGAGGUUGUUACAAAGACGAUCGCUGGCACAGACAUGAAGAUGAAACCAAAAGCUAGAACAGACGAUGAAAUCAAGGCCGGCACUGAGGGGGGUGAGAUAGUAGUGCCUAAGAAGUUAGGGCAUGUUUUAGCUACACAGGUUUGGACAGAGGCCAUAAAGGAUACAGAGAUUUUCUUCAAGCCAGAGGCUGAUAUGAAGGAGGAGGUAGACGCUAAGACAAAGGCGGUAGAAAGAGAGGUGAGGAUGAAAAAAGGGGACAAGGAGGAAAGAGAAGGAAUGGCAGUGAGUGUUACGGAGACAUGCGACGAGAAGGUCAAGGAGAAGGACAAGGUGGAAAAGAAACGAAUGAAAGUGAACGUCACAGAAACGUGUGACGAAAAAGCGGAAGAGAAGGAAGUGAGUGAAACAAAUGGGCCAAAAAUGAACGCUGCGGUGGAAGCUAAUAAGACAGACAGGGCGAAAAGAGAGGUGGGGAUGAAGAUGAAGAUGGACAGAGAGGAGAAGGAAGCAGUGGGAAUCAAGGAGACAGAGAGAGCGGAGAAAGAGAGAGAGGAGGAGGAGGAGAAUUACGAAGUGGGAAUGAAGGUGACAGAGAAGUAUGAGAACAUGAUAGAGGAGAAGGGACUGAGUGAAACAGAUGGACUACUACUGGAGAUGGAGGAAGGGAAAAGGGAGGUGAAGGAUGCGAGAGAAAAAGAGAAUGUAGAGAAGGCCGCAUCUGGUCCAGUCAAGGACGUCGUGAGAACUCUGGCGUCCAGGCUCUUAACAGUAGUAGAGGGAGGCGUCCCUCUGGUUCACCCACAGCUGGGGAAGAAGAAGUCAGAAGAUGGUCAUGCAAAGAACAGCGGCAACAGUCCGAGGGUCACUUCAGAUGCAAGGUGGGUGCAGAACGCACGGACGGACACGGACAUGCAACAUGUGGUACGCGAUGAGCAGGUGCCUUUUGCCGGGAGAAGUGAGACGACAGAAAUCAUCGACGAGAAAACGGUUAAGAGCAUAGCAGUGACAUUAGAGAGCAGGCAAAGGAUGCAACCAAAGGACGCGGUGGGGAGGAACAUUACGGAAGCGGCGGAAGGCACGGCCUCUUUUCGUACGGUUUCCUCGGAGCAAGACGCGAGAAAGAUCAAAUCGGCAAUCAGAAUACAAGCUUCAUGGCGAAGAUGCAUGGCAAGGAGAGCAUACGAACGACAAUUGUAUCUGAUUGAGAAGUUGCAGGCUGUGGUGAGAGGGUACUUUGUCAGGAAGUACUCACCAAGAGCGGUGUGGUUCAUGGGCCAGAUUGUUAGGGCAAGAGCCAGGGCAUUAGAAGCAGAGAGAGCGAUGUCAAUCAUUGCGUCGGGAGGGGAGGAGCCUGUUGUGGACAUGGUGCACCAGUUUGAGUCUGUAGAGGUAAGGCAGAGGAGGCGCAUCCGACAGGCUGCGUUGGCACGCGCACGAAUGAGGUCCAAGAGCUGGAGAGAGGGUAGUGGGAGGUGGAGUGAUCUCGGCAGCAGCAGUGGGAGUGGGCGUUUAUGGAGUGGGGACGGUGGCGAAAGCAGCAGCGGCGAAUUGGCAACGGCAACUAGCAUAACGGUGGAUCCAAGGAGGAGUUCGGGUAAUGCGUGGGGAAUUACAGACGAGUUCAGAGACAUUGGAACGGACACCGAAGAGAAGGGUUCGAAGGGUUCGAAGGGGGGGUUCAAAUGGAAGGAUAAGCGGCUGGAGCAACUGCAGGAGAGAAUAGCGAAGGCAGAGGCAGGGCUUGCGAAAGCUCGGGCGCGGAAAGCGCGAGUGAAUGCAUCUGAACGACGGCCUUGGUCUGUCUUAGCUGCCAUAAAGGAAGGGAAGUGGUCAGGGCGUAGUGCCGAUCAGCACAGCAGGUCAGUGGUAAAGGUAAGUCCAGGAACGGAAAAGUCCACAGAGCUCCCUCCUGCCACGGUGAGUCCCGCAAAGAAGAUGGGAUGGUCUUCUGGGCCCAAAGUUUUGUCGUCGGGACCACAGUCUGUCCCUAGGAAGUCUCCAGAACCAAGCCUGACAGUGGCGGACGAUGAGAAGAAGGAAAAAGGAAGCGGAAGCGGAAGGGGAAGGAAGAACCUCGGUGCAAAAAUCGAUGAACUAUAUGGGAAGACACUGGGGCGUAGCUGGGGGAAACACAAGGGACAGCAGCAGGUUGUUGGAUCAGAUGUUGCUGACACAGAAGGCCAACCUGAGGACCAGAGGCGGCAAGAGCUCGAGCAGGCUGCCGAGAAGGAAGAAGAAAGUGUGCGGAAAUUGGCAGACCUGCGCGAAGCGCAGAAGCUGGCUUCUCUUCGAAGAGACGAGGAUCGUACUGCGGCAAGAGAGAGAAAGGCUGCACGAUCGGCAGAGCGCCGCCGAGAUGCAGAACAGGCUGCCGAGCGACGUCGUGAAAUUCAGAACCUGUGGGAGCAGCGACGCAAAGCCGAAGAGACAUUGCGAAGGAGGGAAGAGGCUGAGCAACUCCGCGGCACCGAGGCCACAAGUUUGACAAGCUUGAAAGCCCGAAAUAGCGGUAGGGCAGAGGCGGUCGAGAGUGGCGGUGCAGCAUCUGAGCUGCAGAAACAACUUGAGAAGUUUUCGGCACGGCGAAGGAGAACGGAACUGGCUGAGGAGGAGCGCCGGAAAGCUGAAAAGUCUGGCGAGCUGAGGGCACUGGAUAUGAGGAUAGAGAUGCUGGAAAAGGAAGAUGGGAUGAAACGAGCAGCAGCGCAGGCAGCAGACCUCAAAAGGCAGUUCGAGAUGGCUGAAGAGGCGAGAAGGGAGGCAGAGAGGGCCGAAGCAGAAAGAAGCGAAGCACAGAUGUUGACUCAAGGGCAAAAAGAUGUGGAAAAAGCUGCAAAGCUACACAGCGACUUGAUUAGGAAAGAGCUUCUCCGCCGUGAAAGGGAGAAGGCCGCUGAACAGAGCAAUGAACUUGAACGGACUUUGGCAGUCAUACGAGAUGGAGUGAAGGCACUUGGACGCCGACGUCAACCCAAUUCAAAAAUGCAAAACGUUAGUCCGCUUGAUGACCUGCGGCCAAAACAAGAUAAUGCAGAGAAGGUCGAUACGAAGGAGGAGGGAAGCAGUGAAGAACCUGAAGAUGAGGUCGGGAGGAUUGCUCGCAGUGCGCAAACACGGUCGCUGACUCCAGCAGCAGGGCCAUCCUCAGUACUUGCUGCAGUUUCCCAUCCUGGAAAGGAGGAUGAGGAAGGCUCAUUCAUGCUUCGCAACGGGGAGGAGAAGCGGGCAAAGCCAGGCAAGAAUGUAGGGCGCCUGUUUCCGGAGUCUUUUGCCGGAGACGGGGGCGAGCAGGCUCAUCAGAGCAGCGACAACCAGCUUCAGAGUGGGACCGAGCGAGUACAGAGUGAGAUGGAAGAGAUGGCAGUGAGUGAGCUUCGUAGUACACAGCAAAAGGUUUUGAACAGGGACGAGAGGGAAAAGGGUGAUGAGGAGGAGGUACGCAUCUCCGGUGAUGGCAAUGCCCCAGGCACAGUAGUAAGUGGGGAACCAGAGAUGCACGUUUUAGAAGCGCAAGGGGAAAGGAGCAUCAAAAGAAAUGCUGACAUAAGGAAUCCAGAGAGUGUGCCCGUGACGAAACAGGUGCGAUCCACGACAGUAGCAAUGAGAAUAGCUCAGCUGCAAAAACAAGCAACAGUGCAGAAGAGCCGAACGGAAGAGGCAUCAUCCGUGCACGUGCCGGUAGGAGGACCCAAGAGGGAACCCACCAUAGAGGAGAGGAAGGAGAAGAAAGGGGUAGUUGAGGCAUUAAAGCCGGUUGCAAGCCUCAAAGGAGCAUGGCAAGGGACAACACAUCUUGUGGUGGCGCCUCAGAAGCCAGGGGAGUUGGGAGUUUCCAUGGAGAAGAAGGCGGGUGAGGCACCGAUGCCGGUCUCAGACCUCAAAGAAGCAUCACAAGGGGAAGCGCAUGCCGCAGAGGCAACCCAGAAGUUAGUGGAGAACGAGGAUUUGAAAAUGGUUAAGAAACUGCUGCAGAAGGUGAGCAAGGCAGUCCACAUGGGUGGUAGUAAGGGUGGCGUGGCAAGCAAAAUGUGGCAGCCUCCAGAGAAGACAGAGCAUCGUCCCAGCAAGGUUCGCGUUGCCUCCGCGUUACUUGAUAUCGGAGCACAGAAGGCUGAUCAGCUGCUUUUGGAGGCUGUGAAGGCAAGAAGUCUUCGUUGGGAGUCGGACGACACAGGCGCAUUGCAGGUGAAUUCGAAGAAAGCCGAGCAGCUCGGCAGGGAGCAAUCUCUGCCAUCCGUUACGAAAAUCGACUCGCAGAAAGGAAGGGACUUCGAUUCCAAGAUUCGCAAGGACUUGAAGAAGGUGUUUGACAUGAAAGGACAGGACCAAAUGUGGGUGAAAACAACACCAUUGAGCAGCAGGGUAAAGAUGCGAGAAGAGACGGGCAUGGAGAAUCAGCUAUGGGAUCAUUCUUCAGGUAAGGCAACGGCAAACAAGGACGCGAAGUCGCCAAGGUUGCAGCAGGGUGAGAAGGAGGAUCAAGCUUGGUUGGAGGUUGAGAGACAUGAGCAGAUGCGACGGGAGGCAGAGAAGAAAGCAGAGAAGCUGCGGGCGGAAAUUGAAAAACGGAUAGAAGAGCUGACGCUGGCGACAGAGAGAGAGCAGCAACUCUGGCUAGAAGUGGAGAGAGAGGAGCAGGUCCAGCUGGAAUCGAAGCUAAGAGCGCAGCAGUUGCGCCUUGAGGCAGAAAGACGCCUGCAACAGGUGGCGCUUGACACGGAGAUAGAGGAGAGGAGGCAGUUGGAGACCAAACAAAGGGCAGAGGAGCUACGGUUGGAGGCGGAGAGACGACUCGAGGAGAUGACCCAAAACACUGAGAAAGAGGAGCAGAUGCAGCUGGAGGCAAAGAGAAGGGCAGAAGAACUGCGGAUGGAGGCUGAGAAACGACUGGCGGAGCUGGCUGUGGAAGCAGAGCGAGAGCAGCAGAGGCAGUUGAAGGCUAAGAAAAGGGCACAGGAGCUACGGCUAGAGGCGGAGAGACGGCUGGAGCAAGUAGUUCUCGACGCGGAGAGAGAGGAGCAGGCCCAGUUGCAUUUGAAGAGAAGAACAGAGGAGCUGCGUUUGCAGGCAGAAAGGAGGGCAGAGCAGCUGAAGCUUGAUGCUGAAAGAGAGGGACAGCUGAGGUUGGAAGCGGAGAGGAGAGCAGAGGAGCUGGUGCAGGAGGCUGAGAGAGAAGAGCAAGCACGCGUAGAGGCUGAGAGGAGAGCAGAACAACUCCUACAGGAGGCAGAGAAGAGAGUUGAGCUUCUGUCAGAAGAGGUUAAGAAAGACGACAGGAUGAAACUGGAGGCGGAGAGGAGAACAGAACAGUUCAGGACAGAGGCGCAGAGACAGGAGCAACUGAGGAGAGAAGCUGAGAAGAGGGUAGAGCAGAUGCGUCGGGAAGCUGAAGAGCAGGAGGUUGCGCGGUUGGAGGCGGAGAAGGCAGCAGAGGUGCUGCUGAAGGAUGCAGAGAGGAGGGUCGAGAUGUUGCAGCUUGCAGGUGCAAGAGACGAAAAGCUCCGUUUGGAGGCCGAGAAAAGACUGCAGCAGCUCAGAUUGGAAGCAUGCCAAAAGCAAUACCUGCGCAGAGAAGCCGAGAGGAAAGUGGAGCAUUUAGGAAUCGCACUGGAAAGAGAAGAGCAUGCAUGGCUGCAGGUAGAGAGAGCCGGCAAGCAGUUGCUGUUCGAAGCAGAGAAGCGAGUGAAUCAGCUGCACCUGGAGGCUGAAAGGGACAAGGAACUCCGGCUUGAGGCUGAGAGGAAAGCUGCACAGCUCAGGAUGGAGGCAGACACAAGAGCGAAGGAGCUUCAGCGCACAGCGGAGAAAGAGGAGAAACUACGGAAAGAGGCAGAACAAAGAGUCGAGCAAUUACGCGAGGAGGUUCAGCGUAGGUUUGAGAUGCUGAGGCAGGAGGUAGAGAAACAGCAACAGCUUCAGGUCAUUGCUGAACAGAAAGCAGAGGAAAUGCAUCUGGAGGCUGAGAGAGCAAAGCAGUUACGGGAGGACGCAGAGAGCAGAGUCAAGGAGAGGCAGAUGGCAGCACAACGAGAGAAGCAACAGCUGCUGGCAGCUGAGAGGGCCGAGCAGCAGCGACGGCAGGCUGAGAUGGAGGAGGAGAUGAAAUUGGAAGCCAGCAGAAAGGAACAGAUGAGACUUGAGGCUCAGAUGAGGACUGAGAAAUUGCAGCUUGCUGCAGCAAGACGAGUAGAGCAGCUCCGUCUGGAAGCUGAAAGAGAGGAGCAGCUCUGGAAGCAGGCGGAGGAGCAAGCAGCUCAGCUUCAGCUUGAGGCAGAAAGGGGAAAUCAUCUUCGGCUAGAGGCCGAGAGGAGAGCAAACCAACUCAGAGAGAUGCGCCUCGAGGCCGAGAGGAAAGCUGAGGAGCUCAGGCUUGAGGCAGAGAGAGAGGAUCAACUUUGUUUGGAAGCUGAGAUGAGAGCUCAACAGUUCCGCACGGAGGCCGAGCAAAGAGCUAGGCAGCUGCGGCUCGACACGAAGAGGAAGCUUGAGCUCCAGCGCCUGGAGUCAGAGUUAGUGAACCAGAUUAGGCUUGAGGCUGAGAAAGAGGACUCGAUGAGGCUCGAGGUCCUUAGGAUGACUGAACAGCUGCGCCUUGAGGCCGAAAGAGAAGAGGUCCUGCGCUUCAAGUUGGAGAUGCAAGCUGAGAAGGCCCGAAUGCAGUCCAAGCGGGAGGAGCGGGCUAGGCUGCAGGCCGAUUUGAAGACAAAGCAGGUCCGCAUGCAGGCAGAGAGAGAGAGGCGAGCGCAACUAGAGGCUGAGAAACUGGAAAUGUUGCAGCAAGAGUCGGAGAGGGUUCAGCAGCUGCGGUUGGGCGUCAGCAGAAACAAGGAACGGCGUACGCCGCCGCCUCUCAGGGAGAAUAAAAAGUCAAAGUCCAGAAGAGAGGAGACACUUGAGUUGAGGGCAACGAGCGAGGAACGGCUCCAUCGGCAGCGAGAGGCUGAGAUACUGGAUCAGUUUACGGCUAGGGUGGAUGCAACAGAGGAGAACCAAAGUGUUAGGGUUGAGAGAGCUGAGCUGCUGCACCUAUUGCAGGAAAGUGCAAGAGGGAGAUUAUCAGGCACAAGGAAACCGGAACAGCUGGAGACGGAGUCCAAAGAUGAGAAGCAGGCAAAGCUGGAGGGCAAGAGAGAGGGGCAGCUGGAGCUAGAGGAGGCUGAGAUGGAGCAUCUGCCAUGGGAGACCGAGAGAGGCGAGGAGAUUCUGCAAGAUUCGACCAGGGAGUCACAGAUUUGGCUGGAGGUUUGGAAGGAGGAGGAGCUACUACUGAAGCCAAUGAGAGAGGGCGAGCCAAGGCCAGAUGCGACGAACGAGGAGAACAUGCACCUAGAGGCAAAAAGUGCAGGUCACCUUUCCCCGGAGAGAGAAAAGGACGACCAGCUUUGCCUGAAGGGUGAGAAGAGGGAGCAAGCAAAUAUCAUAAUGGCGUGUGAGAGAGAAUCGUGGAAGGGGGUGGAGGAAGUGAGAGAGGACCUGUUGUGUAGGUGGUUAGAGGAAGAGGAGGAGCUGCAGCUAGAGGAAGCGAGGGAAUGCAUGCUGAGCCUAGAGGCACAAAUGGAGGAGGGCCUUUGCCAGGAGGAAGGCAGAAACUACCUCUUGUUCGAGGAGGGAAAGGCAGCGGAGAGGUCGCAGAAUCAGGCUGAGAGAGCACAAGUAAAGACCGGGAUAAAGUGGAUGACAGACGGCCUUCCGCACCACCAGGAACCGCACGCUGGGGAUGAUGUGCAGUCAGAGCAGUUGAUGAGGUGUCAGGAGAAGCGGCAUGGAGAUGCUGAUGGACGAACAAAAGCGCUAGGAGGAGAGACGCACAGCGAGCAGCGCGCGCCAAGCACGGCAAGGAAGCAACAAGAGCAGCUGCCGACCCAAAGGGAGAGAGGUCAGGGGUGGCAGUCGCUAAGGAAACGGGACGGAGCUUUGCAGGCCUCGCAGGAGGAUGGGGACGAUAGGAGCAAUGGUAAGAAGGGGAGAGAGAAAGGCAAUGGGGGAAACAAAGAACAGCAUUUGUUGUCAGAUGGGCUGCGCCGGCUGGCAGAGGCAGAAGGAGAGCUGUGCCGUGAGGCGGGAAUGGUAGAAGAAAUGAUAAGGUUGAAAAGGAACAGAGGGAUGGAGGAGGAGGACGGAGCGUCACACUCACACACCCUAUACCCAGGGCAGCCUACGACAAGUACCGAGCAACCUCGCACAGAUCCUCCUAAGGCCACGAUGACGGCAAACGCAGGUCGCCAAAACACCCUGGAGCUUACUAGACAGACGGAAGACUCGUCAGAACAGCGGGAGCGAGAACCAGGUCCUCAGAAGUCAAGUAAAGGGAAAGGAGAUGUGUUGACGUCACGACUAUUUGGUGCAGCUAGGACACAGGGGAAGCCAGAAGGUGGUGUAGACAUGCAAUGGUCUUUCGAGGUUGGGGUAUUGAGAGAUGGGGGGGACACGGUUGAGGGUGUUCCCGGCACAGGAGUGCAACAGUUGCGAGCCACUGCAACAUGCCGCGAGGCAGCUCGUCUGGGGGCUGGUGCCAAUGAAGGUGAAGAUCCUACCGUUCAAACACAGACAUUGUCAGCAGCAGAGCGGCACCCCGAGGACGGCCGAGUUGAAGACGAAGCGCAUGGCCUUCUCUGGAGGGAGAUGCAUGCAGCAGUCGACAUCGCCACAGAGGCAAGACGUGUGGGGAAGGAGAGCUCCGACGAGGACGAGGGAACCUGUAUACACGUGGAGAAGCCGGCAAGGAGACGUGAGCAACCUCAUCUAAGAAUUGAGAACGUGAUGGAGGAAGCACAGCACCAUACAUGGCCUCUACUGCAGGGUUGCACCCCCCGACGGUCGGCGGCCCUUGACUGGUCCGCUGCCGACCCGCCAACCGAUCGGCUCGUUAAUAAGAGAAAAGCAGACGACCUGUCACAAAGGCAAAGUGAAAAAGAACAGGGUCAGGAUCAAUCAAGUGAAGCAAGAGGACCUACCUUGGAUUCACAGAGGGUCGGCGCCGCCAUCAGGAGGGAAAGCGACAAGCUCGGGAGAAACGGAGGCAGUGUUAUCGACUUGGUGGGACAGACCGAGAGGAGGACGGAAGAGCUGCGCAGACAAAGGGAGAAAGAAGGAGAAGGUUGUCAGCAGCUGAGCAGACGGAAACGAGUCGAGUGGAAAUCGGACUCAAUCUGUAACUCGGAUUUCAGGGGAAAAGCCCCAGAGAGACACCAAGAAGACGGUGUCGUUUCUGACAUGGGUUGGAUGUUCGAGUCCGGCAUACUGAAAGAUGACCACCAGACUGCAAUUUCUGACAGACGAACAACAAGAACACCGCCACCGACAACAGCGACCGAGGAGCUCUCUCUUUUCGGGGACAGUACUGAGCAAGCCGGUCAUCCUGUUGUUAGAGCGGAGAGUUCCUCCUGCCGGAGAGAGCAUGAUUCCAAGGCAGAAGCCCCAAAACGCGAACACGACAACGACAUCUGCGAAGAAACAGAAGCAGCCAUCGAACUUGAGACGGAACGCAUCGCGGCGAACGCCAGCACAGCAGAGAAGGAACCAUCGGCAAGCACCCGGCAAAACGCGGUUGAUUUGUGUCCUGGGCAAGAUGCCAACGUAGAGCAGGAGACGGAGAAAGAUAAAGAUGAAACAGAGACAGAGACAGAGAGGGACAAUACAGUGGCAGCCGAAACGUUUUGGGGCGAUGACGAAUGGGCUAGUCGUUUGCUAGCAAUGAAGCGGUUCAACUCCUGGCUGGAUCACGAGCUCGGGAGUCAGUGGGAAGGAUUCAAUUUCUCGGAUUUGGACCUCGUGGCCCUUCUCAACGAAAUGUAUAAGAUUGUGGAGGACAUGAAGCGCUCUCAUUCCGACUGGACGAACAAUAUGUUAGAUGCGAGGAGAGAUUGGAUUACAAAGUGGGAUUCCAACCAGGGUCUGGAAGAAUUACUCAGAAUGGUAGUAGCAGCUCAGAAGGCGGCAAUUCCUCCUCCUGAUCAAAGUUGAAGAAUGGGGAAUGAAGUUACGAGACAGCCGCCCCCGCUGAAACGAACGCGCUGAUCUCCAAACACUAUUGAAGUGUAUUUUGAUUGCGCUCUUGUGUUUUACAUACUGUGAGUUGUGGAAGUUGGUCUCAAACGGGGGGUUAGAAGCAUACGCAGAAAAGCUGCAGCAGCUCAGAACGUGACAAUUCCUCCUCCUCCUCCUCCUCCACCUCCUCCUCCUGGAGGUUGAAGAGUGCAGAAUGCACAUAAUGGGUGUUCCAGAAGUGCAGCAGGACGUUUUCUGAAGAGGAUUAAUAAUAGGCAGACACCACAGAACACAUUGCAAAGUGUCCUGGUGAGCUCCUGAGGAGUGUCACAGAGAGAGAGAGAGAGAGAGAGAGAGAGAGAGAGAGAGAGAGAGAGAGAGAGAGAGAUGCAUCCUGUUGAUGCGCUAUGCUGACGAUGAUGGAGAUGGUCCAUCGUGACCAUUCGACAUGGUGAUCAGGGUCACGACAGACAGACGGGGGAGAGAGAGAGAGAGAGGGAGGGAGCUCCAGAGGGAGGGAGGAAGCGAGAAAAGAGUUCAAAACAGUAUUGUGUUGUUAUAAAUACAACUCU